CUUUAAAGCUAUAAUUUAGAUGUAUAAUUUCGGGUCCAUGAUGAGUUUUACAUUAUACGAAAAAACUGUUAAAACACUAAGAUUUGGGCUUUGUAUCUGUAAUGGGUUAUUUACAGUUAUAGUGCUUGUUCUGAGAGCUAACAUGCCAUACAUUUCAGUAUAUUUUUGUCUUAGCUGUGGCUGAAGCAUAAAUUUACCUUAAAAUGGUUUUUCUGGAUCUGUGUUCGUUUUUUAAAGUGGAGAAUAAAUGUCAGCAGGCCAUUAUGAAUAGAUAACUCUUCAGAAAUUAGUUUAGCCACAUCAGUGAUUCCAUUUCAAUUCUCCUGGAGUGUUUUCAUCCAGAAGUUACUGCACAUGGAAAUGUCACCAUAGAGAGAGCUGAAUCAUGGCUAUUUAUCCUUGGUUAUAUCCUCUAACUUUGCCUCUUAUUUUUUAUAAGGCCUAUAGAAAAUCAACAUCUGAAUCUAACCAGUAUCUAAACCUUCAUCUCUUCUGAUUAGCAUGAGACUAUCCUAAUGUUUGAGUCACAGGCCUUUUUGUUCUCCAAUAGGUCAGUAAAAAAUUUACCUGUAACCUCUCAGCUCAAAGGAAUAGGUCAUUUCAUUUAAUAGCUAGAAGAUAAUGAAGUACAACCUUCUUCCCCACUAGAAGAAAAGUCCAGUCUAAGUCAUGCCCUAGACUUGCUCCACUAAGCAAGGCACUUGGAGAUGGUAAGACAAAAAAAGGCCCUUUAGCAGGGUCACAAACUGAGGCAAGGACAGAAAUCUUAAGGACACAUAGCUGAUCUGAGGAAAAUAAAUUUUUGUAAUGUAACAAAAUUCUGUGGACAAGGGGGCAUAUGAUCUGUGAAAAGCCUCAUGCCUUUGAGGAUGGUCCAUCCUUCCCUAGAGAACAGUGCCCAGAGUCAGCAACCUCAUCCUCCAUGGGUCAGGAGAUUCUUAUUCUCCUAAGGCAGACAUGGAUGGGCUUCCCCACUGAAGCGAACUCCUCUCUAAGACCUUGCAUACUUCUGGGAAUUAGAAUGCAGAAAUUAAGGUUGUGUCACGAACCCCAGUCGAGAGGGUGGAGAAGGAAUUGGGAGAGUAGUUGCUAGAUGGGGAUAAGCAGAAAAGGAAAGUGGAAAACAAGGUAAUGUGCAGGCCAGUGACCGUGGUCUGGAGGAGUCUACUGAUGAAUUGCCCAGCUGCCUCUUGCAAUGAUUUCUAUGAGAAAAUCACGAAUAAGAAUCCAGGAUGUCAAUUCAGAGUGAAUCCAGGGUGUCAAGACCAUGUAGAGGAAGCAGGCGUUCAUGUGUUUGGACUGUGCUCUACAGCUCUCAUUACAGAUAUCAUACAGCUCUCCACAGGCUAUCAGGCGCCAUACUUUCUAACCGUGUGCAAGCCAAACUACACCUCCCUGAAUGUGUCUUGCAAAGAAAAUUCCUACAUUGUGGAAGAUAUUUGCUCAGGAUCUGACCUUACAGUGAUCAACAGUGGCAGAAAAUCAUUCCCUUCUCAACAUGCGACCCUCGCUGCCUUUGCUGCUGUGUACGUUUCGAUGUACUUCAAUUCCACAUUAACGGAUUCCUCUAAGCUUCUGAAACCUCUCUUGGUCUUCACGUUUAUCAUCUGUGGGAUCAUCUGUGGGCUAACACGGAUAACUCAGUAUAAGAACCACCCAGUUGAUGUCUAUUGUGGCUUUUUAAUAGGAGGAGGAAUUGCUCUGUACUUGGGCCUGUAUGCUGUGGGAAAUUUUCUGCCUAGUGAAGAGAGUAUGUUCCAGCACAGAGAAGCCCUCAGGUCUCUGACAGACCUCAACCAAGACCCCAGCAGAGUAUUAUCGGCUAAAAAUGGCAGCAGCAGUGAUGGAAUUGCUCACACAGAAGGCAUCCUCAACCGAAAUCACAGAGAUGCCAGCUCACUGACAAACCUCAAAAGGGCAAACGCUGAUGUAGAAAUCAUCACUCCACGGAGUCCCAUGGGGAAGGAGAACAUGGUUACCUUUAGCAAUACCCUACCUAGAGCCAACACCCCAUCCGUAGAAGACCCUGUCAGACGAAAUGCCACCAUUCAUGCCUCUAUGGAUUCUGCUCGAUCAAAGCAGCUUCUCACCCAGUGGAAGAAUAAGAAUGAAAGCCGCAAGCUGUCCCUGCAAGUUAUAGAGACUGAGCCUGGACAGUCACCACCCAGAUCCAUAGAAAUGAGGUCAAGCUCAGAGCCCUCCAGAGUAGGGGUGAAUGGAGACCACCAUCCUCCCAGCAAUCAGUACCUCAAGAUCCAGCCUGGCACUGUCCCCGGAUGUAACAAUAGCAUGCCUGGAGGACCAAGAGUGUCCAUCCAGUCCCGCCCUGGGUCCUCGCAGUUAGUGCACAUCCCCGAGGAGACGCAGGAAAACAUAAGCACCUCUCCCAAAAGCAGCUCUGCUCGGGCCAAGUGGUUGAAAGCUGCAGAGAAGACCGUGGCCUGUAAUAGAAGCAACAGCCAGCCCCGAAUAAUGCAAGUAAUAGCAAUGUCCAAGCAGCAGGGUGUCCUGCAAAGCAGCCCCAAGAACACCGAAGGCAGCACUGUCUCCUGCACUGGCUCCAUCCGCUACAAAACCUUGACAGACCACGAACCCAGUGGGAUCGUAAGAGUUGAGGCUCACCCGGAGAACAACAGGCCCAUCAUACAGAUCCCAUCUACCGAAGGCGAAGGUAGUGGCUCCUGGAAAUGGAAAGCCCCUGAAAAGGGCAGCCUUCGCCAAACUUACGAGCUCAACGAUCUCAACAGGGACUCAGAAAGCUGUGAGUCCCUGAAAGACAGUUUUGGCUCUGGAGAUCGCAAGAGAAGCAACAUAGAUAACAAUGAGCAUCACCACCAUGGAAUCACCACUAUCCGUGUCACCCCAGUAGAGGGCAGCGAAAUUGGUUCAGAGACGCUGUCUGUUUCUUCUUCCCGCGACUCUACCCUGCGGAGAAAGGGCAACAUCAUCUUAAUCCCUGAAAGAAGUAACAGCCCGGAAAACACUAGAAAUAUCUUCUACAAGGGAACCUCCCCAACACGGGCUUAUAAGGAUUGAGUUAUGGGAUUCAAUCCCUUGAGCGACCCCCCAGAAGACCAUGUCUUGAUUCUCCCUCUGUGCUCUGUUUUCAGUGGAUUGGGAAGCCUUCUCAUCAAACUGGGUCAUCUUACCAUCAGCCCGAGCUCAAUGACUCUUGAGAACUACUACAGCAAAGCUUGUAGAUUUCACAUCAAGGGGAGGGAAAAGCACAAUGCAAGAACCUAAUUAAUAUGAUAAGGUGAAGAAUCUUAAGACCUAUCUUCAAACUCAAAAGGUUUGCAGAAGGCAGUAUCAGAAGAAAGUGGUUUCCUUCAGUGUAUACUAUUUUACUUCCUGAAUGUGCCAACUUUAGGGAUUUUUCUUUAUAAUUAGCUGUGGGAAUCCAGAACUCGGUUCCCUACAGCAGAGGCCAUGCAGUAUUAUAUAUUCAUUUUGCAGAAUCUGCGCCUACAGCCCAGUAAGGGUGGUGCUGAUUAUUAUAGUACACAUACCAUGUAAACUCUCAAAUUCUAUUUAGCUGUGAAAUAGUGGCGUGCAAUUCCUUGUCAAAGAAAUGCUACUGUAUUAAGAAGACGCUGGCUGCUUUGUGUUAGAAUAGGACACCCCGCAGCUUCUCUGUAGUGGCUCUGUCACAGUCAAAAAAUGAAAAAGUUUUGUGCAUUUCCUCAAAAUUAUGCUUUCUUCAACAACAAAAAAUGUGUAGGAAUAUUUUCAGUGAAAGGGAAUAACUAGUACUUUUCUACAUAGUUUUUUUUUCUUGCUGCUUACUUUUUAUUUAAGUGUAGGUACUACUAAUGAUUCUGUUUUUUAGUGAGUAAAUUUGCAUAACUUAAAAAAUACAUUGUUUUAGAGUUUUUCAAAAUUGUUGUGAUCAUAUUUUGCAUUUUAUGGCUCCUCCUUUAUUUAUUAAUUAUUUUUUUGAUGUCAUAGAUAUGUUUUUCUAUUUUUAAAGCAAGAAUAACAGUUGACAUUCCUUGAGCAAAAUAUACUGCUGUGAAUUUAUAAACAAGAAAUCUGAACCAACACUUGACAUUGUGGGUUACAUUGCCAGCAAUGUUGGUUGAGUCUACCCUUGGACAUCUCCAACCAGCUGGCUUAGGUUGCUAUCUUAAUCAGUAAUCCAAAAACUCUGUUUUGUUCCAGAUUAGUAAUUUUUUGUAUUCUAAUAACCAGUAAAUCAGAGCAACAGUAGUUAGGUUUUACCUUCUUCCCUAAGAUAUUUUUGUCAAUUGGACAUCAACAGGAAGAAUCUGGAAAAAAAAAUGCAAAUUGAUAAGUGAAAGUAUCUCACAAUAUAAAUUAAGAAUGUAUUUCUUCAAAAUAUCUAAAUAGACACAGUUUUUGUGCUUAAUAUGCAAACAACAAUUUUGCUACCUAUCCUGAAUAAAGCCUUCAGCCUAAAUCAAAGGAAACAAAUAUUAAUAAGAAGAAGAUAAAACCAAAACAUUUGGAGGUGUUUUCCAACUUAAAAAUUUAACUGUGGAGAAAUAUUUGGUUCUUGGAAUUUAGUAUCAAACCUUUUUUACACCAUUUCUUAAGAAUUCUAAUAUACACUUGAUGAUUGCCAAGGGGAUAAAAGGUAACAACAAAGCUGGUUGAUCUGAUCUGUUUUCAGUGAGAACAGAAGGAAGGGGUUGUUAAGAGAUAAAGACUAUCACAUCAUUAUCAACUUCUACAGGAAAAGGGCAAAGCUUUCUAGAGUUAACCAACCUCCUAAGAGCAUUAGGGAUUUAGCUGAAACCAGCAGAAUUGAAAACUCUGGCAAUAAAAUAUGAUUCAACUAUAUCCCUUCUGGCAAUUUCCUUCUCAGAGAGGGGAGUGGGAGUAAAAUGUUGCCUUCCCCACUUCUCACCACCGCCACCAUCACGGCACUCCUACUGGCUUUUGCCAUUUCAUAGAGAGGAAGGUGGACUGGUUUUAGUACUCUGAAGAAAAAAUAAUAAAGCUGCAGCAUUUCAGGUGCAGUAUGAUAUUUCCUAAUCUUUCCUAUUUCUUAACAAAAGAUUUUAAAGUACUUCUCUAGUCAUUGAAGGUUUUUUUUUCUUUACAUAAAUAUUGAUAUAUUCUUUUUCUACUCAAAGUGCCAAAGGCUACAGUUUUUAAUGACUGAACAAAUUGUACCACAUUGUUAAGGAAAUAUAAUGAUAGUCGCUAGAACUCAGACCUCUGCAUGUAUAUUUGAUAAUACAUCUUUUGUAAAAAAAAUUACAAAAAUAUUUGUUUACAUUCCACUGGUACCUUAAUUUAAAAUAAAUGAGACUAACAGGUGGUAUCUCUUCUUAGUGUUCUAUUUAUCUGAUUUGCUAAUGAGAGCACUUCUUCCUUUGUUAGGCUGUGCUUUAACUGAUAAAACCAAGUAUUGAAUAAAGAGAGUAAUUAUCUUUUUAAAGUAAAUAAAAUUAUGAAAAUAUAUAUAAUAUAUAUAAAGUAUUGUGUUUAAUAAAAUGUUAUGCAAUGUUUUCCAAACUGAUAAAGUUUGUAAAGUGCUAUAAUGUAUUUUGUUAAGUACAGAUUAAAGCUAUUGUGUGAGUAUAUUGUGCUAACAUCAUAGAAAUAAAGAUUAAAUUUCUUCAUCAAAA